UAACAAACGGUGUUUGAACUAACUUAAAAGUAACCGUUCUGUUACUGAAAACGAUCCAUGAUGAAGUGAAGGACAGAGAUAGCAAAUAAGGGAGUGUAGUCUCGUGUUCUCUCUCACUUUUCAUUGUUUUUCCCACAUAAAGUGUUGUGUUGGAUCAGCUGAAAAGAGAUCAAACAUGAUGUCUGUUACCGUUGCCGUUGCUGCCGCCACUUCCUCCGCCGUAGUAGGGUCCCACUCCCAUCUUUCACGAUCGCGGCGGUUAACGAUGGCUCUCCGAUCUGACGUGUCACUUACCCCAACAAGAAUAUUGACAAAACUCAAACACAACUGUGCCACUCCUCUGCCGCUUCUUCAGCAAGUGGCCCAAGCCAUGUCUGCUGAUAUGCGAGCUGGCCUUGCCGCCCAGUCUGAGCCUGGCCCGGGCCUUCCCAUGAUACCCUCCUAUGUGGAAAAUCUUCCCACUGGGAAUGAGAAAGGGUUGUUCUAUGCGUUGGAUCUCGGUGGAACGAACUUCCGUGUGCUGAGGGUGCAGUUGGGUGGCAAAGAUGAGCGUGUGAUCGCCACUGAGUUUGAUCAAGUUUCCAUACCACAGGACCUCAUGUUUGCUACAUCUCAGGAGCUUUUUGAUUUCAUUGCUUUGGGGCUAGCAAAAUUUGCGGCCAAGGAGGAUGGUAGAUUUCAUGUCUCGUCCGGAAGAAAGAGAGAGAUUGGGUUCACGUUUUCAUUUCCUGUGAAGCAGACAUCUAUUGAUUCCGGCAUACUAAUCAAGUGGACUAAAGGUUUUGCAGUCUCAGGAACAGCUGGAAGAGAUGUGGUUGCUUGUCUGAAUGAAGCUAUGGAAAGGCAAGAACUAGAUAUGCGUGUUUCUGCUCUGGUGAAUGACACUGUGGGAACGUUAGCUGGAGCAGAAUACUGGGACAAUGAUGUCAUAGCUGCUGUCAUUUUAGGUACCGGAACCAAUGCUUGCUAUGUUGAGCAGAUGAGUGCCAUUCCAAAGUUAAAGGGCCAUAACUCUUCUUCUCAGAAAAUGAUCAUUAGUACGGAGUGGGGGGCUUUCUCAAAUGGUCUCCCUUUAACCGAGUUUGAUAGGGAAAUGGAUGCUGCUAGCAUCAAUCCUGGUGAGCAGAUCUUUGAAAAGACAAUCUCAGGAAUGUAUCUAGGAGAAAUUGUUAGACGAGUGCUUCUGAAAAUGGCUGAAGAGGGUGGUUUGUUUGGCAAAUCUGUCCCACAAAAACUAUCUACACCUUUCAUACUCGGGACUCCAGAUCUAUGUGCCAUGCAGCAGGACUGUUCCGGAGAUUUACUUGCAGUUGGGUCGCUCCUCUAUGAUAAAGCAGGGGUUGAAUCCAAUUUAAGUGAAAGAAAAACAGUUAUAGAGGUUUGUGAGACAAUUGUAAAGCGAGGUGGCAGCUUAGCUGGUGCAGGAAUUGUGGGGAUUCUGCAGAAAAUGGAAGAGGACCAGAGAGGUCUCAUCUUUGGGUAUGGAAACAGAAGUGUUGUUGCUAUUGAUGGGGGCUUAUACGAAAAUUACCCUCAAUACAGGGCUCAUUUGCAAGAUUCAGUCAAAGAGCUGCUAGGAACAGAAAAGUCAAACAAUGUGGUGAUAGAGCAUACAAAAGAUGGAUCUGGCAUAGGAGCUGCUCUAUUGGCUGCUUCAAACUCCAUCUUCAAGCAUAAUUUGUAGGGCAUUUACCAUUAUCAUGCAUGGAAAUAAAAUUUCUUAGUUCUUGUAGCACGUUUGUAAUUAUUGCAACCCUUCCCCUUGAGUGAGCAUUGGGGGCAAGAAUAAGAAAUUGAAAGAAUAAAAUAAUGUAUAUUUAUGAGUCAGGUGAAAACUCAAAUUCUGAGGAUGUACUCCUUUAGUUGUAAGAUACAUGUAUACAUUUAUUAUAGUUUUAGUUAAUGUGUUUUAGUUAAUUCAAGUAAAAAUUUGUUAGUGAGUUUUGUAUA